AGAUAUUUUUUGUCAAAAACCCAAAAUAAUAAAAUAAAAAGAAUGAAACAGAGCAUUCUCUCUCUAAUUCUCAUUCUCUGUUUCACCAUUUCAGUCCCUUACUCUAAAAAUCACACAUAAAACGCACUACCCACUUGUCGUUUCCUUCACUUCUUCUCCAUCUUGUUUCACUUCCAUGGCCAAAACCAGCGUGUGCAAUUCUGAUCCAACGGUCAUGGCGAAAGCAACAGAAUUGAAGAAGGAAUUGGAAAAGUUAGUUAAAUUUAUAGUUGAUGAAGAAGAUUACAGUUUAGAAAGAAUUGAUGAGGCUAGAGAAACGCUGUCUGCUUUGAGAGAGAUGAAGAUAAAGAAGAGAUCUUUGUCUCUUAAGUUUAGAGACAAAACUGUGGUGUCUUGUCCUGAUGAGUUUAAGUGUCCCUUGUCUAAGGAAUUGAUGAAAGAUCCUGUUAUUUUGGCUACUGGUCAGACUUAUGAUAGACCUUUUAUUCAGAAAUGGUUAAAAGCAGGCAAUCUAACAUGCCCUCUCACUCAGCAAGUCCUGUCACAUACACUCCUGACUCCAAAUCAUUUGAUCAGGGAAAUGAUAUCACAGUGGUGUAAGAAUCGGGGGUUAGAGUUGCCGGAUCCUGUUCGCUACGCCAAUGAAGAAGGAAUAUCGGAAGCUGAUCUUGAUCAAUUUUUAUCCUUGCUUGAGAAAAUGUCCUUGGAACUUCCUCAGCAAAGAGAAGCUGCAAAGGAGCUUCGGAGGUUGACAAAGAGGAUGCCAUCAUUUCGUGCACUAUUUGGCGAGUCUGUCGAUGCUAUUUCACUACUGCUCAAUCCUCUAUCGUCUAGCAAGUCUGGAAACGGGGUACACCCUGAUCUUCAAGAAGAUGUUAUCACCACCCUUUUAAAUCUUUCUAUCCAUGACAACAACAAGAAGCUAGUCGCAGAAACCCCUACUGUAAUUCCUCUGCUCAUGGAAGCAUUAAGGUCUGGAACUAUUGAAACAAGAUCGAACGCAGCUGCAGCCCUUUUCACAUUAUCUGCCCUUGAUUCCAACAAGCCACUUAUCGGGAAAUCAGGUGCCUUAAAACCACUUAUAGACCUUCUAGAUGAAGGACAUCCGUUAGCCAUGAAAGACGUCGCAUCUGCAAUUUUUACCCUAUGUUUCGACCAUGAAAACAAGGCAAGAGCUGUGAGGGACGGGGCAGUGAGGGUGAUUCUAAAGAAGAUCAUGGACGGUAGGCUUGUCGAUGAGUUAUUAGCUAUACUUGCAAUUCUUUCCACUCAUCAGAAAGCUAUCGAAGAAAUGGGCGAGCUCGGAGCUGUUCCCUGCUUGCUCCGAAUUAUCAGGGAUAGCAACUGCGACCGCAACAAAGAAAACUGCAUAGCCAUCCUUCACACGAUAUGUUUCAACGAUCGAAGCAAGUGGAAGACGAUAAGGGAAGAGGAGAAUACGUAUGGAACAAUCACAAAACUGGUGCGAGACGGCACUGCAAGAGCCAAAAGAAAAGCUAAUGGAAUUCUUGAGAGACUGAAUAGAGCUGUUAAUCUCACACAUACAGCAUGAUUCAUGAUGAAGUUGAGGGAAAUGUAAAUUCUACAACUGUUCCCGGUAUUUUAUCUGUGCAAUUUGCCGUGUAAAUUCUUGUCUCUGAAAUUUCUAUGCUCCGGUUUAUGCGUCGGCCGAUGUGAAUAAACAUGCCAUAAGCCUUGCUAUAAAUUUUUGUUUUUUUGCCUUCUUUUUCUUCUUGUAAUAGAUUUGUUUGCGCAUAAAUACAGAGUCUGCAUGCAUUUUACUUCAA